GGCACAAGAGAAGCAUCUCAGUCCGCCUCCCAGUAUUUCCUUGAUUGCUUAUUCUCCGAUCAACUUGUUCGGUCGCUCAGAGACACUCCGGCUUCUUCUCCGUUACUCAAAAGGGUCAUAGACUUCAUCUCAGUCUGGGAAUUUUGAGUUUGCAUUUCGUAAAGACAAGAUGGGUAGGAUGAUAUUGAAUAAUGCAUUGAGAGCAAUAGUGAAUGCAGAGAAAAGGCAGAAGGCUACGGUGGAAUUGCAACCCAUCUCCACAGUCAUGUCAUCUUUCCUGAAAAUUAUGAAAAAUCGAGGAUAUAUCAAGGAUUUUGAAGUUUUUGAUCCGCAUAGAAAAGGGAGAAUUACAGUUCAACUUCAAGGCAGGGUUAAUGAUUGUCGAGCUCUUACUUACAGGCAAGAUGUCAAGUCAAGAGAUAUUGAAGAGUAUAAAAAGCAAAAGCUACCAACAGAUCAGUGGGGUUAUGUUGUGAUUACAACUCCUGAAGGUGUAAUGGACCAUGAAGAGGCUAUUUCGCGUAAUGUGGGUGGUCAGGUUCUUGGCUAUUUUCAUUAGUUAUCUUGUCAGUGGAAACAGAAUAGGUUCUGCUACAUGUUGAGGUGCCUUCAUCUGCAAGAAUUUGUUGUUUUUCUUACCUACAUAUCAAUUCUAUGUCAGUCCUGUGCCAAUUGAUGAUUUAGAUCAAUGGUAGAACAUGAUUGCUCCUCUAUAGCACAUAUGCAAUCACUUUCGAUUUCACAUAAAACGGCUGCUUCAUCAUCUUUCUAUGUCUCGGUGUGCUUGCCAUAUGAAGACCAUAUGGUCUUAUGAUCUACCAUCUCUAAAUCCCACCCUGUAAACUGCACAUGGAAUGUUGACAAUAUGUAUCUUUUAAAAUUUCUUUUAAUUUUACAAGUGUUCCUGAUUAGGAUU